AUGGGUGUCACCGGGCUGUGGACAGUCCUGCAGCCUUGUGCUCGACCCAUCAAACUCGAGACGCUCAACAAGAAGCGACUGGCCGUCGAUGCAUCCAUUUGGAUAUACCAGUUUCUGAAGGCAGUGCGCGACCAGGAGGGGAAUGCACUGCGUAACUCGCACAUCGUCGGAUUCUUUCGUCGGAUAUGCAAGUUGUUGUAUUUCGGGAUUCGCCCUGUCUUUGUCUUUGAUGGCGGUGCCCCAGUUCUCAAGCGACAGACUAUUGCCGGUCGCAAGCAAAGACGCGAGGGUCGUAGAGAAGAUGCGGCGAGGACGGCGGGCAAGUUGCUUGCGGCACAAAUGCAACGGAGUGCCGAGGAAGAAGCAGAAGCGCGACGAAAUAAGCGCCGCUCGCAGCAAGAAGAGACAGUUCCUGACGUACCGGUAUAUGCAGACGAGACCCUCAUGACUGAGAAAGAAAGACAGCAAAGUCGCCGGUUUAAGAAGAAAGACGCCUAUCAUCUACCGAAUAUGGAUGUCUCAUUGGAAGAAAUGGGAGCUCCAAAUGACCCGCGGAUCAUGUCUCAAGAGGAACUGGAGGAGUAUGCGAGGCAGUUCCACCAGGGGCAAGAUAUCAACCUCUAUGAUUUCUCCAAGAUCGAUUUCGAUGGUCCCUUUUUCAUCAGUCUCCCCGCAACCGAUCGUUACAACAUUCUAAACGCAGCUCGACUGAGAAGUCGAUUGAGAAUGGGCUACUCCAAGGAGCAAUUGGACCGAAUGUUUCCUGACCGGAUGGCAUUCUCGAAGUUCCAGAUUGAUCGGGUCGCGGAACGAAACGACCUGACACAAAGACUUAUGAAUAUUAAUGGCAUGAACGGGGAAGAGGCAUUUUAUAAUUCCGGACAGCGGAUUGCUGGAGAGCGUGGAAAAGAGUAUGUUUUGGUCAAGGACAGCGAACAUGAAGGCGGCUGGGUUCUAGGGGUGGUAGGAAACAAGGAUGAAGGCCGCGAGGACAAACCCAUUGAUGUGGACCAACAUGACCUGCCAGACAUCAUCUCGGAGCCAGACGAGGCGUCGGAUGAAGAUGUCUUCGAGGAUGUGCCUAUUGAAGGCUUGAACCGACUUCCUCGGCUCCCUUUUCUUCAAAAAGGUAUCUUCGAUCAAUCUCUCGAGCAGGCGAGGGAGAGUUCAGGCAUGAGAAGAGCUUUUGAUGAAUCCCGCCAAACUCCGUCACAGCCGUCCGCAACGCAAGAUGUCGAGGAUGAUUCGCUGUUCGUUCGCAAUGAACAAAAUUUUGAUAUUCAGGACCAGAACCGCCACGUCGAUAGCUUUUUCGAGGAUGAAGAAGAUGAUGAUCUACAGAAAGCCCUCGCUUUAUCAUUGCAGCAUAACGAAGAUCAUGAUGAGGAGAUGCCUGAAAUUUCCAUCAAUCGACCUAUUGACCCGGCACCCCUUCACAAGCCUGCGGCAGAUCCGGCGGAGGAAAGCGAUGACGAUGGUAUGGACUUCGCCGCGGCCGUGGCACAAACCAGGGUUUCUAAGAAGAGACCUGCAUUAAAUCCAUUCAAUGGUCCGCUUCCCUUUGAAUCAAUUCAACUCACCAAAUCUAAGAAAGAUGCCAAACCUUCUGGUGGGGUUGAUGAGGAUGCCGGUGGUUUUGUGAAAGAACCCAAUAUGCCGAAAAAGACAGAACCGUUGCCUCCCUGGUUUGUUGGCGAGCGCUCGAAUGCGGAUUUUAUUCUUGAUGCGGUUGACGAUGACCCCGAGAAAGAUCAAGAGCAACCGGCACCUGAUUUUCUAUUUCGCUCUGCUCGUCGAACACCGGAGGUAAUUGACGUCGACCAAAUGUCCGACACCAAAGAAGCUAUCAACUUGGAGGCGGAUUCGCCAAAGGACAAGGAGGAUGCGGGAGGUGAUCAAGUUGAAGAAACAACCCAGGCUGACGACGUGGAAGAGAAACCUCACGAUUCUCCCGCGCCCAAUCCAAAUACACUAAAUACAACGCAUGCGGAUUCCGAGGUCUCAGUCGGCCAAGUCCGGACUGACAAAGUCACCGGGGAAAUACGUACUGGGCCUUCUUUGGAUCAGCCACAAACUCUCGGUCUUGGAGAGCAACCUUCGCGUGUCGAGGCAUCACCGUCACCUGAGUUUGAAGACGUGUUUAUUCAGCCACCGGCCAAAGCUCCUGAAGCUCCCAAAGUUCCCGAAGUGCCUGAAAUCACAAUCUUUGCCAAUGAGCACCCUCGGGUUUUCGAAGAGGUCGGUCAACCAGCAGCCCUACUUGAGGACCAGGGCGAGUACAGCGAUCCAGAGGAUGAAGAUCUUUUGAGACAGCUUGCAGCUGAAGGGGAAGAACAUGUCCGAUUUGCCAAAAUUCUUAAUUCUGCUGCACCCGAUAAAGCGGCUUUUGAUUACGAGCAAGAGUUGAAGCAACUCCGGUCUCAGCAGAAGAAAGACCGCCGCGAUGCAGAUGAAGUGACCCAGAUCAUGAUCAACGAGUGCCAGCAACUCUUAACACUCUUCGGGCUGCCUUACAUCACCGCACCUAUGGAGGCCGAAGCGCAGUGCGCCGAGCUCGUAUCGCUGGGCCUCGUGGACGGCAUUGUAACGGACGACAGCGAUACCUUCCUCUUUGGAGGUACCCGGGUCUACAAGAAUAUGUUUAACCAAAGCAAAUACGUGGAAUGCUAUCUCGCCACGGAUUUUGAAAAAGAGUAUGCCCUUCACCGCCAGAAGCUUAUUAGCUUUGCCUAUCUCCUUGGGAGCGAUUAUACAGAGGGCAUCCCUGGUAUUGGUCCUGUCACGGCCCUAGAGAUCUUGACUGAGUUUACGAGUCUCGAGGAGUUCCGAGAUUGGUGGACUCAGAUUCAGAUGGGCAUAAAUAUUCCCGACGAUGUUCAUCUCGCCUUCCGCAAGAAAUUCCGCAAAAAGGCUUCGAAGAUCUUCCUGCCGCCGGCCUUUCCCGAUGCCCGCGUUGCAGCGGCCUAUCUCGAACCCGAAGUGGACUCGGACCGUUCCCAGUUUCAGUGGGGUGUGCCAGACCUCAAUGGGUUGAGACAUUUUCUUAUGACGACCGUCGGCUGGAGCCAGGAGCGCACCGACGAGAUUCUUGUCCCCGUCAUCCGCGACAUGAAUCGGCGCGACCAAGAAGGUACGCAGUCGAACAUCACGCAGUUCAUGCAGGGACCUCAGGGCGCUGGGGCAUUUGCACCUCGCAUCCGCAGCGGUGGAGCUAGUCGCAUGGAAAAGGCGUUCAGUCGACUGCGACAGGAAGCCCAAACCGGUCAAGGAUCAGGGGUAGUCGAGGAUGGGGUGGACGAACCCUCUACCUCGCCCAAGCCUAGCAAGCGGCGGGGCAGUAAGAAUGCCAGCACAGAUACCAGCAAGAAGCGGAAGACACCUGCAGGCGCCCAUGAAUCAUAG